UCCCUUCCUCAUCCUGCAGCCCGCGCCUCCCCCCACGGCCGCGCUGCGCACGGAUGGCGGCGGGAGCCGCAGAGAAGUGGAAUCUUAUACAUCCUGUCCUGCUGAAUCACUGAUGCCAGACCAGCAGCCUGGGCAUGACCUACUCAGAAAUGCAGAAUCUCAAGCCCCACUUAUAACCUGCUGGAUCACAACCUGAAUUUCAUAAGAACCAAGUGCCCCAGAAGAUUCCUAUGCACUUCAACGUUGGAGAAGCUCUGCAACUUGCUUUUUUAGUAACGCGUAACUCGUGCUCCGGGACGGUCCUCCAGCGCGGCCAGCGGCACCCGAACCUCCGGUCCUCCAGAGGGCGCUGCCCAGCCCGGCCCUCAGACCAGCCUUCUGAAUCGACAGGCCCAAGUGGAGCUGCCGGAGUCCUGGAACCCCGAGCCGGAGCCGCGUGCUGCCCACCCUACCGGAGGGGGCGACGCGACAGCGGAGGGGCUGCGGGGAGGAGGCCGUGCAGUUCCCGCAGCCAAAGCCGCGCCGGGAGGUGAGCCACCAUGUUCAACCAGCAACAGCAGCAGCUCCAGCAGUUGCAGCAGCAGCAGCUCCAGCAGCAGCUGCAACAGCAGCAGCAGUUGCUGCAGCUCCAGCAGCUGCUCCAGCAGUCCCCACCGCAGGCCCCACUGCCCAUGGCCGUCAGCCGGGGGCUCCCCCAGCAGCAGCCACAGCAGCAGCUUCUGAAUCUCCAGGGCGCCAGCUCAGCCUCCCUUCUCAAUGGCUCUGUGCUACAGAGAGCUUUGCUUUUGCAGCAGUUGCAAGGACUGGACCAGUUUGCAAUGCCACCAGCCACGUAUGACACUGUCGGUCUCACCAUGCCCACGGCAACAUUGGGUAACUUCCGUGGCUACAACCUGGCAACCCCGAACCUGACAGCACCCAGCCUCACACCCCCCCAGCUGGCCACCCCAAAUCUACAGCAGUUCUUUCCCCAGGCCACUCGGCAGUCUCUGCUGGGCCCCCCUCCUGUGGGGGUCCCCAUAAACCCCUCCCAGCUCAACCUUUCAGGGCGGGCCGCCCAGAAACAGGCCCGGACCCCCUCCUCCACUCCCCCCAAUCGCAAGGAUUCUUCUUCUCAGACGACGCCUGUGGAAGACAGCGCAGACCCCCCAGAGGGGUCUGAGGAAGCCACAGAGCCCCGAACGGACACACCAGACCAAGAUUCCCCUCCCAGCCCAGAUGACAUCACUAAGGAGAAACGUACUCCAGCACCUGAGCCAGAGUCUUCUUAUGAGGCGUCCGAGCCACCCACUAAAAGGUCAAAGAGCUCAGAGGAGCCCACAGAGAAGGGGCGCCCAGGGCAGCUGCAGGCGAAGGUCCAUCCACAGGCCCGGACGACAGCACUGAAGCAGACACAGACACCCGAGCUACUGCCUGAGCCACCAGAAGCCCGAGUGCUGCCACGAUUCCAGCCACGGGUUCUGCAGAUCCAGGCCCAGGUGCAGCCACAGAUGCCACCAGCAGAUGCCCAGGUGCAGCCAAAGCUGCAGAAACAGGCACAGACACAGACGUCUCCAGAGCAUUUAGUGCCACAGCAGGUGCAUCCGCAGCUGCAGAAAGAGGUGGAGCCACAGAAGCAGGUGCAGCCACAGGUGCAGCCACAGGCACAUUCACAGCCCCCAAGGCAGGGGCAGCCACAGCUGCAGAAGCAGGCACAGACACAGACAUAUCCGCAGGUCCAGUCAGAAGCACAGCCAAAGUUCCAGACAGUGGAGCAGCCACCGGAACAACCUUCAGAGCAGUCUCCAGUGCAGCCACUGGACCAGACCCAGGGGCAGCCUCAGACCCAGCCACAGGUGCCAGCAUCGGAGCAAGCACCAGUUCCAGUUAAUUCCACUGUGCUGGAGACACGGCCUGAUAUGGUAGAAGUUGGAGCGGGCCAGGAGGAGGCCUCACCAGAGCCCGUGGGGGCCCAGGUCAGCGUGGAGGAGAGCCAGGAAGAGCUGACCAGUGGUCUGGAUGUGGGGGAAUGUGAAAAAAGAGCAAGGGAGAUGCUCAGGGUGUGGGGUACCGGGGGCUCCCUGAAGGUCACCAUCCUGCAGAGCAGUGACAGUCGGGCCUUUAGCACUGUAUCCCUCACACCUGGGCCCCGUUCUGGCGACUCCAUCUCUGCCACCUCUGCUGCCACCAGCACGCCGUCUAAGCAGACCCUCCAGUUCUUCUGCUACAUCUGCAAGACCAACUGCAGCAGCCAGCAGGAGUUCCAGGACCACAUGUCGGGGGCCCAGCACCAGCAGCGGCUCGGGGAGAUCCAGCACAUGAGCCACGCCUGCCUCCUGUCCCUGUUGCCUGUGCCCCGGGAUGUCCUGGAGAGAGAGGAUGAAGAGCCUCCGCUGAGGCGUUGGUGCAACACCUGCCGCGUCUACUACAUGGGGGACCUGAUCCAGCACCGCAGGACACAGGACCACAAGAUCGCCAAACAGUCCCUGCGACCUUUCUGCACUGUUUGCAACCGCUACUUCAAGACCCCCCGCAAGUUUGUGGAGCACGUGAAGUCCCAAGGGCACAAGGACAAAGCUAAGGAGCUGAAGAUGCUCGAGAAGGAGAUAGCUGGCCAAGAUGAGGACCACUUCAUCACAGUGGACGCUGUGGGCUGCUUUGAGGGAGAUGAGGAAGAGGAGGAGGACGAAGAAGAAGAAGAAGAAGAAGAAAUCGAGGUUGACGAGGAAUUCUGCAAACAGGUGAGGUCCAGAGAUAUAUCCACAGAGGAGUGGAAAGGCUCAGAGACCUACAGCCCCAAUACUGCAUAUGGUGUGGACUUCCUGGUACCUGUGAUGGGCUAUGUCUGCCACAUCUGCCACAAGUUCUACCACAGCACCUCGGGGGCGCAGCUCUCCCACUGCAAGUCCUUGGCCCACUUCGAGAACCUGCAGAAAUACAAGAAGGCCAAGAAGCCCAGCCCCGCCACCACCAGGCCCGUGAGCCGCCGGUGUGCCAUCACCGCCCGGAACGCCUUGACUGCUCUCUUCACCUCCACCGGCCGUUCCCAUACGCAGCCCGGCAUCCAGGACACAGCCAAACACCCCAGCAAGGUGACGGCCCAGCCCCCCCAGCCCCCACCACCCCGGCGCUCAAACCGCCUCAAAACCUGAUAGAAGGAGCUCCCUACACCCACCCCAUCUGGGUCCAGAUCUGUGCUUUUAGGAGUCUGCAUGAACUUGGACACGGUUGGUGUUUUUACUCAAAAAUCCAAUAAAAGGUAGUUUGGCUGUAUAGUGCCCACCAGCACUUGUGUGUGGGGAGACGGGACGGGGAGCACCCCAGCCAGCACCCAGCCUCCAAGACAGUAUGAGGGCGGAACCGGCCUAACCAGGGAACCUGGGAUCACGAGGCACUUCACCUCUGAGCCUUGCUUUCCCUCUUAAUAAUGUAUCAGGGCGAGGAAAGUACCUUCAAGUAAGGUCUCAUUUAAUCUUCACGGUGACUCUAGGAGAGACCUCUUGUUUCCUCCAAAUUACAAAUGAAGAAACUAAGGCCUGGCAAAGUCAAGUGACUUGCUGACGGUCAUACAUCGGGUGAGUGGCGAGGAUGUGACCCCAGGCCGAAGCUCUGCACCCGUCCUAGCCUCUCUCUCCAGCUGGAUCCUGUGGAAAUUUAAGUGCAGGACGGGGGGGGGGGGGGGGGGCCCUCGCUGCUCCUCUGGUUCUGAGUUCAUGGUUCACGCCCUUCUCGUCAGUUGACCUUACAAUGAAUCAUCCGCGAAUGUGGCCCAGCCUAUGUUGGAUCUUUACUUCUGCUAUCUCCCCCUUUGGAAAGACCCCUGCAGAGACAAGCGGACCAACCCUAUUAUUGGCCAACUGGAGAGGGGCCGAGAGCAGGAGGGCGGUGCCCAAGGUUAUACAGCAUGUUUUGGUGUUGGUUGUCUUAGUGAUAAGCCCUAGUACCCAGAGAAGCUAAGCUCAUCACACAGCGUCACACAGCAUGUCCGAUGCUGUCUCAGCCUGGCUGGGGAAGCAGCUGCUGGCCAGGAGCACACCAGGUGGGGAGGAAGUCCUGACUUCACCU